AGAUCAUGGAAAAUUAGGUAGAGUUCCGUACACAAAAUCUUUGGUCAAUCAUUAAACAUGGUACCUGGUGUACGUCAACGGCAGCUAUGUAACUUAAAAAAGGACCAGAAGAAAAAUAAUAUCAAGAAAAUGUUAAAACCUGAUGAACCGUCCGAUAUUCGGCUUAUAUAUCCUAGUGGAGAUACAGCAUUCAAGAUGCUUUUAUCAGCCAGAUUUUGCUCUGCAAUGUGGUGUCACAUAACAGACUGUGAUGAGACUUAUAACUACUGGGAGCCUAGUCAUUAUUUACUCUACGGUAAUGGCCAGCAAACAUGGGAAUAUAGUCCGCAGUAUGCCUUAAGAUCGUAUACUUAUUUACUGAUUCAUUUGGUACCUGCAAAAUUAUAUCACUAUCUAUUAGAACCGAACCCUGUUCUCGUUUUUUAUUUCAUCCGUUGUUUACUGUCGGUUGGAUGCGCACUGUCGGAAGUCUAUUUUUACAAAAACGUCUGUCGAGAAUUUGGGGUUCACAUUGCUAGAAUGACGCUUGCGUUUCUUUUACUUAGUCCUGGAAUGUACAUAUCAAGUGCUGCUUUUUUGCCAUCGGCUUUUUCAAUGUACUUAUGUACUGUUGCGAUAUCAGCCUGGUACGCUCGUAAAUAUGAAUUGGCCAUAUUUGCAACUGCAGUGUCUGCUUUAAUCGGCUGGCCUUUCGCCGCAUUACUGGGACUUCCGAUCGCCAUUGAAAUGACAGUGCACCGAAGAGAAUGGACUAAAUUUUUCAAAUGGACUUUAUUGUCUGCGAUAGUCAUAUUGCUUCCCAUGGUCUGGAUCGAUUCAGUGCAUUUUGGGAAACUAGUUAUAGCCCCACUUAAUAUUGUUAUGUACAAUAUUUUCACUAAUCACGGACCAAAUAUUUAUGGAACUGAACCUUUUACGUUUUACUUUUUCAAUGGAUUUCUAAACUUCAAUUUCGUAUUUAUAGGAGCUUUACUCGCUCCGAUUUUAUUGAUUUUCGCGUGGGCUCUCAUACCCGCUAAACCUCGUCAUUACUUAUGUUUGCCAUAUGAGUAUUCAUUGGCGCCACUUUUUCUGUGGAUUCUGAUCUUCUUUAUACAACGACACAAAGAAGAGCGCUUUCUUUUUCCGAUUUACCCGAUGAUUUGUUUGGCUGGGUCAAUAUCCCUAGAUAAUUUACAAAAAUUAUACUUCUUUUUUAGAACUAAGAUAAAACCAUUACCAGAUCACGAGCGAAAUACUCACUAUUUGCAAUUUACCCCAUAUAUCACUUUUUUGGCUAUUUUCAUAUAUGGCAUUUUUGGAUUGUCAAGAUCAUUCGCAUUGUAUAGAGGUUACUAUGCGCCGAUAGAAGUAAUGAUGGAAGCUAAUAAACUGGGAAUGGAGGGUCUGGUUCCACAAGAUGUCAACAUUAACUUUUGUGUAGGAAAGGAGUGGUACCGUUUUCCAACUUCCUUUUUCUUCCCUUCAAGCAAUUGGAAACUUCAAUAUUUAAAAUCGGAAUUUAAGGGCCAGUUACCUCAAGCGUUCCUAAAUCACGAAAAUGCUACUAGUAUUAUGCAACCAAAUUUUAAUGAUGUCAAUCAAGAAGAACCAUCUCGAUAUUUCGAUGUAGAAAGAUGUCAUUUCAUACUGGACUUGGAUCGUGGUACCGAAUCCGAGUUAGAACCAAAUUAUUCUCAUCAACCGGAUAAUUUUCAAGUUAUUAAAUCGGCUGAAUUUUUAGAUGCUGCUAACUCUCAUUGGUUAUUCAGAGCAUUCUACAUUCCAUUUGCACCGAAAACAGUGUGCUCAUAUGGCUCGUAUAAUUUGCUGCAGAGUACAAAGUUCAAGCUAACAUCUUUAGCCAAAAUAAAAUCAGCCAAAGUAAUAUAAUUCAUUCAACGAUAAUAUGUUCCAAGUUAUUUUGAUGUACAUACUUGGAAACAUGAUUAAAAAAAGUUUAGUUCUGUAACAUUUUGAAUGUUUGUAUUUGAAAGGUAGCAUGCCAUAGGGGCCUAACUCACAUUUUAAAGAUUUUGGAUGACACAAAAAACGUCUUCAAAAAUGGAAUUUAAGUGUCAAAAAAAUUAGGAAGUUUUUUUGAUACAAACCAUUGCUGAAUUGAAUCCUAAAAAGUUUGAUCACAAUUUUUUUUCAUUUGAUGACCACGUUUUUUCAAUCUUGGAUGGUAAUGAAAUACUCAGCUUUUAAUUUUAAGAAGUUCGAAUCUACUAUUUAGCUAUUCAGUUGUUGUAUAAAUACAAAAAAUAUUCGGAUAAAAAUAUACUAUCAGGUUUCGAGAAAAUAGAAAGAAAUUUUUUUCGCUCGAGACGCAUGUUUGGACUUGAGAUAAAAAUCGAAUUUUUAAUAACAAAAAAAAGCGGGAAUUCUCUUUCCGCUUCAAAACUUGUCAGUCGUUAUCAGCAGUUGAGUUUUAAGGGACUGCGCUUGCGCACAGAUACCCAUGCUUCAAGAUUUGUAUCAAACAUUUUUUAAUUUUUUGAGCCAAUCAGUAUGUCAUUUAUAAAUUUUGCAGUUAGGCCCUUAAUGCAUGACACCUUUCGUUUACAUUUUAAUAAUCGGGUUUGUUUAUUCUGUAGACUAUUAUCGUUUCUACUGAAAUAAAGUUUAACGACGAGAAACGUUGUUUGAAAAAAAUUUUUCUCUAAGAGGGUGAAAAUCGAAUAAAGAUAAAUUAGAGAUUA